AUGAACAGGAAUGCCCCAAUUGCCACGAGAAAAUCGCCGAUUUUGAGACGAGAUUCACGCGUUUUGUGCGAAAAUUUCGGGUGGGAUGGUGCCAUUUCGGUGCUGGACCUCGGGGCGACGACCCCUUUCUUCGAGGAGCUUUUAAAAGAGUUUCUAGAGCAAAAGAAGGGCAUUUUCACAAAAGAGACUUACGACGAGGCUAACCAUAAUUGUUUCGAUUUCAUCAUCCAAUUGCUCAACUUUAUUGACUAUGACGAGUAUACAAAGGAGGAGUUUGUCGACGAGUUUAUCAAAAAGCGGGUGGAAACGACGCUUCGCUAUUUUAUUCUGGCCGCACGUGCUCCAAGAAGCGUCGAUUUGUCUACCAUGGCCGACUGUUUCGAGCACACUGACGACGUGGACGCCGAUCGCGCCGCCGACAUGCGCAGCUUCCAGAGCAGUCAGUUUGACAUCUUCACCCACGACUACCGCGAGUACUCGGACCAGCUGGAAGCCGAGAAGCCGAAGGGCGAGUGCUCCAACUGUGGCUGUGGCAAGGAAAACGACGACUGCGGGCCGGGCUCGAAGGAGAAGAAGGAGCUGGUCAACCUGCACCGCAAGCUCGGCAAGGUCCACAAGAUUCUGCUCACCCGCAGGAACGACUCGAUGGAGAUCAACAACGAGCUGCUCGACCAGUUCGAGACGGUGCACCGCGACCUCUCCUCCUACCUGCGCGGCGACAAAUCCGAGUUCACACCAACUACAGUCGAUUUGCCCGACUUUGACCGCGACGACAUGGAGCUUCUGCUUGGCGAGGCCCCCGGCCUGCCUUCAAUGAUGGAGGUGCUCAAGGGCGCCCAGCAGUCCGACGCUCAGCGGUUAACCGAGCUGAUGUUCAUGGGCGACCUGCUGCUCACCGAGUACCAGCACAUUUGCCACGGCAUC